GUGAAUGCCGCAGAAACCUGAUUUGAUGUAUGCGUUAUGCAUGAUAGAAUCACAAACAAUAAUUCGAUUUUAUCGAAAGUGUAUUUUUUUGAACUGAAUCCACAGUAUGCGUUCUACGCCACUUAGCAUUAGCAAAUGUGACUCCAAUGAAGCCCUCUCAACCGAAUCCAGAAGGUGGCUGGAGAAACUGGCCAUUGUAAGUACAUGCUUUUGCUUUGGAUGGCUCAAUUUUCUUUUCUUUUGCCAGCAGAAAAAUUGGAAGUCUGUGAUUCAAUUAUGAGGAAGCUAUGACCUCAUCCUGCCCUUCUUGAUGAGCACUAAGCGUUGGGAAUUGUGAUGUAUCUGAGCAUGCCAAAGGCGUUACGCAGCACGUGUGCCU